AUGCCCGACCCUCCUGCUCCCGAAUCAGAGUACACAGAACAUCCUCAAAGAGUCCUCUCUGAGGAUGAUCUGGUCGGUGAUGGCAGAAUGGAUUCUCCUGGUCAUUGUGCACAGUUCUGCACAUACACCACAAUAGAACAAGACUCCAGAGAUGUGGUCCACAUUGUUUCUGUUGAUAAACGCGAAACAAAUAAAAACUCAGUCAUCAUGGAGAAGGAGUGCUUUGUGCGCACAAUGGAUGCGCUCCUUCCAGAGCUUUCUAUAAAGGAAGUGGUCACUGAUGCCCACCCACAAAUCACCGCAUUACUGAAUACGGAGCGUGGCAAAUAUAAAGCGUGGGGUAUUCAGCACUCAUUGGAUAUCUGGCAUGCAGCCAAGAGCCUUAGCAAGAGGCUUCGACGGGCUGGGACUAUGAAAAGUCAGAAUGGGAUUCUGCCAUGGAUCAAGGACAUAGUCAACCACUUUUGGUACUGCAGUAAGCAUGCGGACACCGAGGAGCAGUUCAAGAUGAUGUGGGUUGGUGUACUUCACCAUGUGUGCAAUGAGCACUCCUGGGCAACCAGUUGCUGUGAACAUGAGCCACUGGACGAAGACAGCCAGAACAAGCCUUGGAUCAUACAAGGUUCAGCUGCUCAUAAGGCACUUACUGCUGUUGUCCUUGAUAAAAGAUGGCUGACCCUGGUGAAAAAAUUCCUAAACUUCAGGACCACAUCUGAUUUGGAGUCAUUCCAAAAUCACAUUUUGAUGUAUGCAGCAAAGCGCAUGGCCUACACUCCAUUUGUAUACAAAACCCGGACAUUGCUGGCAGCCAUUGAUUAUAAUAAACACAAUCAACGCCAGCCUGCACGCAAACCAGAUGGACAGAAAAUAAUGACUAACGACAAACACAAAUGGUUCGUGCUCUCUAGUUACAGACGGAAGUACAACAAGAAAUCAAAGAGCUGGAGCGUUUACACAAUGAAGGUGAAGAAGCAGUACACGUACAUUCCAGAGAUCCAGAGGGCCAUUCUUGCCAGGAGACUGGGAAGUGGGUCUGGACUUCCCCACAGACAGACACUAAGGCAUGAUGACCCAAGGCGUCUGGGUGUACUUGCUCCACAACAGCCACCUCCCACAUCAGAACUAGUGGCGAUUCAUGUCUCACGAGGGGACAGUGGUCCCAGAGAAUUGAAGGACAAUUGA